GGCAUAAAGAUUGUUAUUAUUGAUUGUGUCAAUUGUUUCUGUUGUAUGGUAAUUUGCAUCGCAUAUUUGGUGCCGCAAUGUAGGUUACCAAAGCAAGUGGCUGCAACUGACAACUACACCAUGGUACACACUCUGUGAACAUGGGACUCAUAUCUGCUGCAGACCAGAUGUUAUGAACAUUUAGCUCUCUUGAAAUAGGAUUGAAUGGAGUUGCAGAUAUUCUAUUUAACAUAAUUAUCAGAAGGAAGAAGGAAUAUAAAAUUGUGAGUUUUAACACUUGAAUAUAGACAUGCAAAACACUUUGUAAGUGAAGAGAUUUAUUGGUAGUUUUAAAAGAAAAAUUAAUAAUUAAAAGAGCAUUAUGUAAAAGUCAUGGGAGCUACGGAAGUAAAUGACAUUUUAUGCAAUAUGCUUUGAAGUCUCUUUUAAAGUUUCUUAGUGCAAGGCAGAUUGUGUGAAUAAUUCGAUGAGAAAUAAUUUGAAGUAUUGAAGUCUUUGAGCGAAAGGAAGCAUAAACAUGGCGUCGGAUGUUGCUCCCUGGAACCUUCUACAGAUUGCUUUCAUCGUGGUGUAUCCUGCAUGGAUGUCGUUCACAAACAUGCCAAACGGCAUGUCCCUCCUUGCUGCUUACCUGUUCCUGAUUGUUCUCUGCGUCCCUCCGGUGUUCAUUCAACUGAAGCUGGGAAACCACCAGCAGAAGGGCAUUGUGGGAUUGCUUUCUACUCAUAUUCCAAUUCUGAAAGGUAUUGGGGUCACCCUGCUGAUCCAACUAUUCCUGAUGUGUGUCUUGUUUGCCCCACUGGUCACUCACUACGGAAUGUACGCGUUCAUUGCGGUUGCCAAGCACCCAUACGUCUGGAGCGGUUGCAACCAUCCCUGGGUGACUCAGUCCUGCAUUGGAGGGGUGGCGGACGUGCAGAUGAAUGUCAAACCUGGUACACCUUACCACAUGUCACCACUAGAUGAGAACAGACCUGUGCCUGCAGAAGCCCAGUUCUUUGACAAGGAGUACCUACAAAUUUCUGCAAACAUUUCUGACGUGCGUGGUUUUCCAGUGUGGAAGUUCUCAGAACAACUAGAAAAAGUCAACUUCCCGGUGUUACCGUUGGCAUUAGCAGCUGUCUGGGUGUUCGUUUUUAUAAGUCUGGCGUUUGGACCUCGUGUCUGUGGAUGGAUUCUGUUCCUACUGGGGCCGGGCUUCCUGUCCCUGAUAUUCACAGUGCUGGGGUAUGGAUACAGUCAGCUGGACUCCAAUGCCACCAACACAUUCCUUGGUAAUCUGUACACGAUGGACAUGUCCCAGUUUCAUAAGCUGCAUGAGGAAAACACUCCUCUGAUUAAGGAUUGGAUAUCAGGAUUUUCACUGGUUGUGAACUCUGUACCAGUCUGGACAGCUAUUUUACCAACCAUGGGCAAGAUGACGGGCAAUGGUCGUCUGAGCAGAAACAUCUCGUGGAUGUUUGUGAUCCUGGUCUACGCAGCCACAUGUCAGAUCCCCCAGCUGGCAAUGGCCCCAUACAUCGGCAACCUGCAGCAGCUGAUCUCCAGUUACAGAUACAACAUCAAAGGUCUGGACGUGAUUUUCACAACUAUGCCAUCUGCAUUUGCACAACUUGGUAUCCCACCGGUGUAUGCCCUUCUGUUUUACCUGUCCAUUUUCCUGGCUGGACUCAUGUUCUUGAUUGUUGCCAUGUUUACGAUACUUGACAACUUGGUGGACGGUCUCGUAGGCUGGAGUGAGAGUUUCCAGGAGCGGCGCGGCUGCAUCAACUUCUGUGCCGCCUUUGCUCUGAUCUCUGUCGGUGUUGGUACAUCCAUACUACACACUACACAGGCGGGCAUGUACUACAUCAUAGUGAUGGACCAGUGUACGAUGAAGCUGCUUUUCCUCACGGUGGCCAUAUAUGGACUCAGCAUGAUCAUCAUAUACGCAAAGCAGAACUUUGGCAUAGCAGAGAGGAUUGUGAUGUCCAUGUGGUGUGGGGUGUCUACACUGAUAACUGCGGCAAUAUUUCUAUACAAGUUUAUUACUGAGCUGGGAGACAUACCAAGAUAUCGUGCAAUGGAAAUCAAAGGUUUGUGGGACCUGGUAUGUUGGGUGUUGGCCAGCGCUCCAUUCCUAGCCAUUCCAGCAGCAAUGAUCCAUGCAUGCCAGCAAGAGACCGGAUCCUGUAGAGAGAAAACCAAGUAUGUGAUGUGUGGUAUAAAGCAGGACCAGUUUGACCCACCAGAAGAGUACGGGUACCGAGCCCCUGACCCUAGCGCCCCACCGUACGGGACCAACCAUGAUGGGCAUACAUACAGCUACACAGACGACGAAUACCCAAUGGAGGACUUGCCCUAUUACAAAACCAACCAGAGAUAAAAACCUCUGGUAUAGUGAUUGUUGGAAAUGGUGAUAUAGACGAUAAAGGCUGGUUGUGGACAGAAUGAAGAGAGAGAUAAUGCAAAUUAAGCAGUUGUGUUUAAUUGUAUGUGAAAGUGUGACAUUUUGUGGAGUGAUUAAGAAAUUUAAGUAAUAAUGAUUAACUUUUUGUAGAAAUAAAGGUGUAAUAAAGGUGAAUACAUGUUUAAAAGCACUUUUUUAAAACAUUUAUCAUUUUACACAUGUAAUAUAUUUCAUUAGUUUUAUAUUACCAUUGUAUUUCAAUGUUUAUCUUAUUGCCAUUGUAAUUGUGCAAUACUCAUUACUUAAAUGUACCUCAACAAUUAUUACAAUAUCAUGGUACUUUAAGAGUUAAAGGCAGAUUUUGUGUGUGAAGUCAAAAGAUAAGAGUUUAGAGCGGCAUGUUUUAUGUACAUGUAUCUGUGACAUUAAACAAUGGCAGUUUGCAUGAUCAUAAUGCCACACAUUGUCAGGACCAAGAUUCACUGAAAUAAGUUAGGUUUCUUGAUUAUUUGUGAUGGCUGAACAAAGUCUAUUGUCAAGAAUAAUAAUUAUUAUAUUUAAAUAGACAUCUCAUUGGUUUCCUGUCCAAUUCUGCAGAAUUUCAACCAAUCAAAGAGUGUCUCAAAACUGUUACAGUUUUGCUUUAUCUAACUGUCUGUUAUCUGUUCACUUCAGUAAUGUUUACCCUAUCCUCCCAAAUGAUUGAAUUGGUCAUUAAGUUGAUCGUCAAUACAGGGAAAUUGUGACAGCCUGUUACCCUUUGGUAAAUACAGUUGUGAAAACUCAAUAUAUAUGGUGGGUUCCAAGCAGGAAUGUCUUUGAGUAAAACAAUUUUUUGGAUUACACGUCCGAAGGAAAAUAAAGUAGUUUGUGUGAAAACAAUGGUUUAUAUAUCAUAUUGUCAUUAUACAUAUUUUCCUAAAAAAUAUAAUAAACCAUAUUGUUGAUGAUGUCAUAAAUAAUUGAAUUAUGCAAGUUUCCACAUUUUUUUAUUCAUAUUAUUUUGUUAUCUUUUUCAAUCACUUAAGUUCAUUGGCAAGUUAAAUGAUUGGUCAGUAUAGGAACAGCAGUUUUGCAAUUUGAUUUGUUUCGAAUUGUAAAUUAAUUUGAUGGAGUUCUGUUGGUAAAAAUUAAAAUGCUGGUAUGAGGAUGUAUAAUUUAAUUUGUUUUAUUUUACUAUUAAGAAUUUCACAUUUUUUAAUUUGUUCGGUUGAAACUUUAUCUAAUAUUUUUGAUAAAUUUUGUUGCAAUUGUAAGUAGAUUUGUUUGAAUUAUAAUUAUAUUGAAACUGUAUUUUGAAUUUUUGUUUUAAUGGUAUGAAUUGUUAUUGCUAUUUCAAUGCAUAGCAUUGUUAUUAUGAAAGUUGUAAGUUACAUAACACAUUACCUUCAUAAACAUUAAGAUUUACAUCUAACACUUUCUAAAAUCAUGUAAGUUAUCUAUCAAUAACUGAUAAUUCUGUCUCAGUAUCAUAACAGUGUGUUGUUAUUAAACUUUUAUAAAAUAUUAUUCAUGUACAUACAUUUAUAUUGUAAUAUUGUUAUUUUUUCUCUAGCGUUUUAUCAUCCCUUUAAGGAAAAACAAAUGUCUUCAGAUCUCAUGCUUAAUUGUAUAUUUACAAUCAUUCUGCACAUUUUAUCCAUUGUAUUCAUACAGGCGUGACGUAACCGCUUUUGUCUUGCCUCUCAGCUAGAGCCAUUUCUACAAAAUGAGCAUACACUUAGAUAUAGCCUGCAUAAAUUAAGGAAAUCGUCUUCAAAUAAUCAAUAAUGUUUUGUACAUAAUUUAUAAAAUGUAAUUAACUGAUUAAAAAAUUUAUAUAUUGAUUUCCAAUGAACAUUACAGAACAAUGCUUCCCUGCAUGUUUUCUCAAUAUAGAAAGUUGUUUGUAUUGUUGGAAUUUCGGCAAUUUUGAAAAAAAAUCAUAUGGCAGUCAGUUAACCAACUUAUUUUUUUCUUGAGUUUGCUGGUUUACCGGUACUAAGUACUCAUACUUAUUAAUGUUCAUUUAUGCUAAUUUACCAUACGUUUUAAUCUUAAGAUGAGAUGUUGCAACACAUUGUAUAAUUUAAAAAAAAGACUCCCAACGUAAACAAUUGAUUGCAGAAGAGGGUAAACAACUUUACCCAGAAAAAAAGGUCCAAGGAACCAAGAAAUGUUUGUUUAAAUGAACACUGUAUUCUUAUUUUGUUUUUUGUAUAUCAAUAAUGUUGUAGUCUUUAUCAAAUACAUGGAAAAUCAUAAUACUCUGCACUUUUUUUUUAAAAGUGUCAAACAAAUAGCUAGUGGUAAACCCAAAUAAUGCUUGUUUUAGAUAUCACCUUUAGCUGAGGUGUUUGAUUUACUCAUGAUUUGCCAAUAUUAUUAUUUUUAGCACGUUUGUUAACAGUAUUGUGAAUAACUCAUUGUGCAAUUUAUGUUAUUCAAUAUGUUGAUACAUCACUUAUAUGUAGCUUUGUUUUGUAAAACAUUGUUUGUUAUUUUAUUUUGUUCUAUAUCUUUUAAAUUCCCCUUGGACAUAAUGUUUGCAAAUGCACCUUGUAUUAUCACUGCAAAAAUAGCUUAUGUGGAAGUAAGUAUGCACUUUAAUUAAUAGCAUAAACACUAAGUAUAUGUAAGAAUGGCCAGUGUUUGUUUUUUUCAUACACAUUGUAAAAUAUAUCAAUUGAAGGUUGUAUUUGAUAUUGUUAUCAAAUUUCCAAAAAAAUGUAGACGUCAUAUAAUAUUGAGCAAAUCGAAUAUAUGCAUGUGUUAUGAUAUCGUUGUUAAUAUUCAUUCAUAUCGUAUGACAUCCUUACACAGUGGUGUUGACAUAUUCUUGUGAUCAUUUUAUUUUUGGGGGAGCAUAUAGUCGCCGCUUCGUCUGUCUGUGUGUUCGUCCGCCCGUGCACAAUUUUUGUCCGGGCUAUUUCUCAGCAACUAAUGACCGAAAUUCAAUGAAACUUUAUGGGAAGCUUCACUACCAAGAGGAGAUGUGCAUAUUAUCAGCGGGUUCUGGUCGGAUGAUUUUUCACAGAGUUAUGGCCCUUUGAAAUUUCCCAUUAACUGUACAUAUAGUGCAAUUCUUGUCCGGGCUAUUUCUCGGCAACUAAUGACCAGAAUUCAAUGAAACUUUAUGGGAAGCUUCACUACCAAGAGGAGAUGUGCCUAUUAUCAGCGGGUUCUGGUCGGAUGAUUUUUCACAGAGUUAUGGCCCUUUGAAAUUUUCUAUAAAAAAAUUCUUGUCCCCCCCCAACUACUGUGCCCUCAAGACGUUUCCUUUUAUCUGAAUAUAUAGUGCAAUAUUGUGACAAUAAAACCUUUGGGGAGCAUCACCCGUCUCCGAAGGUUUCUUGUUGUUAAUGUAUUAGCUAAAGGCACAGUUUUAAUUUCCUUGUCAUUGUACUAGUUAAAGAAACAGCUUAUAGAUUUAAUGUCAUUGUCAGUGUAUGAGUUUAUAGGAGCAGUUGGCAGUUAAUGUAAUGAUUUGUAGAACUGUUAGUGUUAUGAACAUGUAUCCAACAUGUAUUACUGUUUGGAAAAACACUCCUUUUCUACUAUAUGAAGAAGGUAGUAAAUACAAACAAACAAACAAACAAAAUUAUUUUGCAAACGAAUACUAUACAAUGAUUACGAACCCGUCAUAAACGUACUGAAUUUGAAUGUGAGGAACUACAACUUAGAAUAAAAUUUCAUACUGCCAAACACUGUGAAAAGCUGCCCUUUUUAGUAUGGGACAUUGCACAGGGUGGAAUGCAUAUAUGCAUUCUCCUGUUACGAAUCUGAACAACUAAAUAAACAUGUAUUGUUUUAUGGCACGAAGUUAUAUAAAUUUAACUCUUACUGUGUAAAUGCAAUUGUAUGUACAUGUGUGUACUGAUUAAAUUCUAGUCCCCAAA